UCCUUGCGCGGUUGCUCCCGCUCCCUAUUCUUAGCGCCCCUGCCCGUUCCACCGCGUACCGGCGCGCGCGGCGUACAACAUCCGCGGCUGCCCCACUCGUGCCGACCGCCCAUGGACAUCGACCUCGACCGGGCGCGCGCGCUGCGCGUCCUCGGCCGCGGCGCCAUGGGCACCGUGUUCCUCGUCGCGGACCACUCCUCGGCCUCGCUGCCCGGCCGCUACGCCCUCAAGGUCUUCGACAAGCGCUCCCCCAAGCCCGACGCCGACCGACGCGCGCGGUGGGAGGUGUCCGUGCUCUCCCGCCUAGCGCACCCGCACCUCCCGUCCCUCCUCGGUUGCGCCGAGACGGACGACCUCCUCGCCUGGGCCGUCCCCUACUGCCCCGGCGGCGACCUCAACGAGCUCCGCUACACGCUCCCCGACCGCGUCUUCUCCCCCGCCGCCAUACGCUUCUACAUUGCCGAGACCGUCUCCGCGCUCGCCGAGCUCCACGCUGCUGGCUUCGUGUACCGCGACCUCAAGCCCGAGAACGUGCUCCUCCGCGCAGACGGCCACGUCACACUCACCGACUUUGACCUCUCCCGCAUCCUCCCUCCCAGGACCGCGGCGGCGUCCACGUCGCCGUCGCCGCCUCCGCCACCCGUGUUCCGCUGCCACAACCGCCGGACGCGCGUCUCCGCGCGGAGCGACUCCGUUGUCGGCCAGGCUAAGUCCAAGCCGCCUGAGCCCUGGUCCGCGGCCGCGUCGCCGAGGCAGCAUCUCCAGAACCUUGUCCGGUUCGUGAUGGGAAGCGACGGGGCUGGGUUGGCCAAGAAGGCCAAGUCGGCGCGGGUGUCGCCGGUGAGCCGAAAACCCGCGAGCUUCGUCUGCUCGGGCGUGGCCAGUGCGUGGGGCAAGUCGUACUCCUUCGUCGGCACAGAGGAGUACGUGGCGCCGGAGAUGGUGCGCGGCGAGGGACACGGGUUCGCCGUAGACUGGUGGGCCAUGGGCGUGCUCGUGUACGAGAUGGUGUACGGCAGGACGCCGUUCAAGGGACAGAACCGGAAGGAGACGUUCCGGAACGUGCUGCAGAAGGAGGUCGAGUUCCCGGGUGACAGCCGGCGACGGAUGCCGGAGCUCACCGACCUCAUUUCGCGGCUUCUGGAGCGGGAGCCGAGAAGGAGGCUCGGGUACGCCGGCGGCGCCUACGAGAUCCGGUCCCACCAGUUCUUCGCCGGUGUUGCGUGGGACAUGCUGACGGAGGUGUCCCGGCCACCCUACAUCCCGCCACCGGCGGACGACGAAGGCGUGGCCGGAGAGGGGUUCGAUGUGAGAGAUCACUUCAAGAAGCUUCACCAGCCCCUGCCGCCGGAAGCGGAGACGAAGAGUUCGCCGGAGUUCUUGACAGAGUUCUGACCCUGGCGGCUUUUCCUGUCGCAAGUUUUGGUUGUUUCUCGGGACCUCGGCAGAUUACUAUAUUCUAACUAAGGGAUCGAGAGUGCAUGUACAUACAUGGAGAGGGGGAUGAUGCUGUAAAUCCGACGUAGGGUUGGUGGAGUUCUGCAAAUGUUUGGGAGGGCAGGCGCAUCUGUGCACGCUGUGCCCGAGGCAUUUCUUCGUGUAUUUUUUCGCUUGGCUUGGAAGCGAGAAGCAAUUACCGAAGAAAAGGUAACGUGACUUGGAGCGCUCAAAAUUGUGCUAUGCUCUGAUCAUCAUAAGCCAUAACGCAAUGUUCAGUGGAGGUAACCUCUCGUCAUUUUUGGAUUCUUAUUUAGGCGAAAAAACAUUUUUUUUCCUGCGAGGGAGAAAAUAGUUAGUUGGUACAAGACCAAAGACAAAACAACUCACAUUUUGA